AUGUCUACCUUUGGCCAGUAUUUCCGUGUCACGACCUAUGGCGAGUCGCACUGCAAGUCAGUCGGCUGCAUUGUCGAUGGCGUCCCUCCCGGCAUGGAGCUCACCGAGGAUGAUAUCCAGCCCCAAAUGACCCGCAGACGUCCCGGACAGAGCGCCAUCACCACCCCAAGAAACGAGAAGGACAGAGUCAUCAUACAGUCCGGCACUGAGUUCGGUGUCACUCUUGGAACACCAAUCGGCAUGCUGGUCAUGAACGAGGACCAGCGCCCCAAGGAUUACGGUAACAAGACCAUGGACAUGUACCCCCGUCCUUCCCACGCCGACUGGACCUACCUCGAGAAAUAUGGUGUCAAGGCCUCUUCCGGUGGCGGCCGCUCCUCCGCCCGUGAGACCAUCGGUCGCGUCGCUGCUGGUGCCAUCGCCGAGAAGUACCUUAAGCUCGCCUACGGUGUCGAGAUUGUCGCCUUCGUCUCCUCGGUCGGCUCCGAGCACCUCUUCCCUCCCACGGCCGAACACCCCAGCCCGAGCACCAACCCCGAGUUCCUCAAGCUCGUCAACUCCAUCACCCGCGAGACCGUCGACAGCUACCUACCCGUCCGUUGCCCCGAUGCUGAGGCCAAUAAGCGCAUGGAGGAUUUGAUCACCAAGUUCAGGGAUAACCACGACAGCAUUGGCGGCACCGUUACCUGCGUCAUCCGCAACGUUCCCAGCGGCUUGGGCGAGCCUGCUUUCGACAAGUUGGAGGCUCUGCUGGCCCACGCCAUGCUCAGCAUUCCUGCUACCAAGGGCUUCGAGGUCGGUUCCGGUUUCGGAGGCUGCGAGGUUCCCGGCUCGAUUCACAACGAUCCCUUCGUCUCUGCCGAGAACACCGAGAACCCUCCUAGCGUGGCUGCCAGCGGUGCUGCUCGUAACGGCAUUCCUCGCCCCAAGCUCACCACCAAGACCAACUUCUCCGGUGGUAUCCAGGGCGGUAUCAGCAACGGUGCGCCCAUCUACUUCAGAGUCGGCUUCAAGCCUGCUGCCACCAUCGGCCAGGAGCAGACUACUGCUACCUACGAUGGUUCUUCGGAGGGCGUUCUCGCCGCCAAGGGCAGACAUGACCCCAGUGUCGUUCCUCGCGCUGUGCCUAUCGUUGAGGCCAUGGCUGCUUUGGUGAUUAUGGAUGCCGUUUUGGCGCAGCAGGCCAGGCACACUGCCAAGAGCCUGCUUCCUCCUCUCAAGCAGACCAUCAACUCCGGAAAGGAUACCGUAGGAAACGGUGUUUCUGAGAACGUCCAGGAGUCGGACCUCAAGCAAUAG